UAAAAGUAACCUCGAGUGUUUGGCCAUCGUUAGUAAAUCACGGAACUGAACGGGGUGGAAAUGCGAUCACUAGUAUUUGUGUUAUUACUGGCCGCUGGUCUAGCCUUAACCAACGGACAAUGGUGGAAGAACGCCAAUUUUUACCAAAUUUAUCCGCGAUCCUUCAAAGAUAGUGAUGGCGAUGGUGUUGGUGAUUUACGUGGUGUAAUGGAAAAAGUAAGCUACCUAAAGCACGAACUGGGUAUUGACGCUAUCUGGUUGUCACCAAUCUUCAAGUCUCCAAUGGUAGAUUUUGGCUACGACAUUUCGGACUUCAAGGACAUCCAUUGGGAAUUCGGCACAAUUGCUGAUCUAGAAAACUUGGCGGCAGAAUGCAGAAAACAAAAUCUUAAGUUGAUUUUAGACUUUGUGCCAAAUCACAGCAGUGAUGAACACGAGUUUUUCCAAAAAUCAGAAGCAAAAGAUCCUGAAUAUGCGGACUACUAUGUGUGGCAUCCAGGAAAACUGCUACCUAACGGUACACGGGCACCCCCUUCAAACUGGAUCAGUGAAUUUCGUGGCAGCGCGUGGACGUGGAGUAUCAAACGUAAGGAGUACUAUUUCCACCAGAUGGUGGCCAAACAACCUGAUCUAAACUAUCGCAACCAGAAGGUAGUUGAAUACAUGAAAGACGUGUUAAGAUUUUGGCUGGACAAAAAUAUUGACGGUUUCAGAGUCGACGCUCUUCCUUUUCUGUUCGAAAGUACUCCUGUUAACGGAGUUUAUCCCGAUGAAGGAAAAAGUGGCCUUACAGAUGAUACUGAUAAUCCUGCAUAUUUAGUUCAUGAUCAUACAAGAAACCUCGAUGAAACUUACGAUAUGGUGUAUCAGUGGCGUGCGGUUCUGGAGGAGUACAAAGCUUCCCACCAAACAGAUGAUCUCGUUUUGCUAACCGAAGCCUAUACGUCCUUGAACAACAUCAUCAGGUACUACGGAAAUGGGCAAUGGGAGGGAUCCCAUGUUCCCUUCAACUUCGAGGUGUUAAGCAACACAUUCAAAGAGAGCACUGGUAAGGAUUUUUAUGACAAUAUCAUGCGUUUCUACGAUGCCGUACCAAGUGAUCGCGUUCCCAAUUGGGUUCUUGGAAACCACGAUAAUAAGCGACUUGCAUCACGUUUAGGACUCGAACGAGCUGAUCUGUACACAAUCGCAAUCAACACUUUACCAGGCAUUGCGGUCACUUACCAAGGAGAAGAACUGGCAUUGGAGGAUGUUUAUAUUCCCUGGAGCAAAACCAUUGAUCCGUUCGCUUGUAAUUCGAGCCCCAAAGACUUCCUAAUAUAUACCCGUGAUCCCGCAAGAACUCCGUUCCAAUGGGAUGACUCGAUCAGUGCAGGUUUUUCCACCAGUGCCACUACUUGGCUUCCAGUAUCACCGAACUACAAAACGGUCAACUAUAAACAGCAACAGUCAGCACCUCGAAGUCAUUUGAAAAUCUUCAAAUCUUUGCUUCGAUUACGCAAGCAGCGCACGCUCAGGGAAGGAUCAUUCGACAUUAAGCUAGUUGACGAAAACUUGAUCACGUACAAACGAGAACUGGCGGAAGUUAGCACAGUCGUUGUGGUUUUGAACUUUGCAAAAUCGUCACGAAACAUUGACCUAUCGCAGGUGUUCUCCGAUCUACCGCUGCAGUUUGAAGUGAUAACUUCAUCAAUGCAAACCAACUAUGUGGAUGGAACCAUCGUGGAUCGCAACGCAGUUAUGCUACCGGCAGAAGCGGCUAUUGUUCUAGAAGGAAGUAAAAAGUUUGAUUAGGACAAUAUUACCCUUUGUUUAGUAAUUUAAGUCAUAUUUUUCUACCCAAUAAAUUUUUU